GCCAUGGCCCACUCGUCCCCCGGCGGCGGGCAGGCGCAGCACCCCCUCGUGGUCUCCCUCAACUGCCUCGACGACCCCUCGCUGGAGCAGGAGCUGCUAUCCGGCGUGGCGGGGGUGGAGCACGUGCCCCUCUCCGCCCUCACCUCCGGCCGCGUCGAGUCCGCGGCCGCCGUCCUGCUCCCGUCCCUCGCCGCCCUGCCGCGCGCCGCGCAGCGCCGGCUCCGGCCCUGGCAGCUGCUGCUCUGCCUCGGCUCCGCCGACCGCGCCGCCGACGCCGCCGCCGCCGCGGCGCUCGGCCUGCGCCUCGUGCACGUCGACGCCAGCCGCGCCGACGAGGUCGCCGACACCGUCAUGGCGCUCUUCCUCGGCCUGCUCCGCCGCACCCACCUGCUCUCGCGCCACGCCUCCUCCUCCUCCUCCCCCGCCGCCCUCGCCGCGGGGUGCCUCGGCUCCGUCCAGCCGCUCUGCCGCGGCAUGCGGCGCUGCCGCGGCCUCGUGCUCGGCAUCGUUGGGCGGUCCGCCGCCGCGCGAUGCCUCGCCACGCGCAGCCUCGCAUUCCGGAUGAGCGUCCUCUACUUCGACCCGCGCUAUCUGGCCGAAGGGAAAAUGAGAAGGCCUUCCAUUGUAUUUCCUGCUGCUGCCAGGAGAAUGGACACUCUCAAUGACUUAUUAGCUGCAAGUGAUCUCGUUUCACUGCAUUGCACAUUAACAAAUGACACCAUGCAGAUACUUAAUGAGGACUGCCUGCAACACAUUAAGCCUGGGGCAUUCAUUGUCAAUACUGGUAGUUGCCAACUGAUAGAUGACUGUGCACUCAAACAGCUCUUGAUUGAUGGUACCAUAGCUGGUUGUGCAUUGGAUGGUGUUGAAGGUCCACAAUGGAUGGAAGCGUGGGUACGUGAGAUGCCAAAUGUUCUAAUUCUUCCUCGAAGUGCAGACUACAGUGAAGAAGUGUGGAUGGAAAUAAGAGAGAAAGCAAUCACGAUACUACAGUCAUUUUUCUUUGAUGGUGUUGUUCCAUCUAGUUCAAUUUCUGAUGAAGAUGAGGAAAUUAGUGAAGCUGGAAAUGAAGAUGGUCAAGAUAAAGAAACAAAAGACGGCCAUUCUCAAGUUUUUGAUGGCGAACAGCAGACAGAUGAAAGCCAUUUAACUCUCAGCUAUGAAAAGAAAAGAGCCAUAUCUCAGCAUAAAGAACCUCAAGCUUCAGGGCAAUCUCAACAUAGUGGCUCACGAACUGAAGUAAGGCGCAGCCGCUCUGGAAAGAAAGGGAAAAAAAGACCUGCUCACCGGCGAUCUCAACAGAAAACAGAUGACUUGUCUGCUGUAGAGAGUGACCGAGAUGAUGACACUGCAAUGAGUGGUAGGGACCAGGUGUUAAGUUCAAGCUCACGGUUUGCUUCCCCCGAGGACUCAAAAUACAAGCAGAAAUCUCCUGCUGAAUCCCCGAUGGAAAUAACAUCUGAGAUGAAGAUGCCUGUCAUGCUCGGUAGAAAAUGCCCUGAUAGACUAAAAGAUGGUUUCGUUGUAGCUUUGAGAUCAAAGGAUAAUUCAGGGUUCCAUGUUGCAAGACAGAGACGUGCUGGUGGUGGCGGCUGGAUCCUUGAUCUUGUGUCCAACGCUACAAACAGGGAUCCCGCGGCUCAGUUUCUCGUCACUUUCAAAAACAAUGAUACGAUGGGAUUGCGAUCCUUUGUUGCUGGCGGUAAACUGUUGCAGAUCAACAGGAAGACAGAGUUUGUGUUUGCAAGCCAUAGCUUUGAUGUCUGGGAAGGCUGGGUGCUGGAAGGUUCCCUGAUGGAGGGCUGCAGGCUUAUCAACUGCAGAAAUUCUUCGGCUGUGUUGGACGUGUGUAUUGAGGUCCUGGCGGCGGCGAGCGAGGAAGACGGAGUCACCCGGUGGAUAGAUUAGCCAUGGAAUCGAAGAAAUGAACUGACUCGUGGUUUGGUUUGGUUUGCUGCCAGUUUCGAUUCAGGUUUGGUAUGUCUAAUAUACUAGGUAGUAGCUGUAUUUGUUUGUUAGAUGUAGAUCUGAUUCUGUUGACUUGUAAGA